AUUUCAACAAGCACACAAAGUUCUUCAACUUCAAUCUUCAGAAUCAAGGCCCAGGCCCAGGGCCAGGGCACAAACGUACAGGCAGCAGGGGCAGCUGCAAAAGGAAAGCAGAGAUAGCUGCAGUCAGAUCAUGCAGUUCUUUGAAGCUUGCCCCCAUCAGACUGAGCUAUGAAACUCUAGUACUCUCCACAAGUGUGAGCACCCCGAAGAUGGCGCCCAAUUGGCACGUGGUUCCUUCGCAAGCAUGGGUGCUGUUGGUCGUAAUUUGCUGCCUUGGAACCGCCCAUGUCACCGGCAGUAUAAUUGGAAAUGCCAGUCUGUCAAGCAGUCUGCAGCUGGGUCUGCAAUACAAAGGCGUGGAAUUGCAUCAUGCUAGGGCGCAAGACGUGGAGAGGAGGGGGCUGCUUGGAGAGGCAGACAUGAAGAUCUACGGCUCUGUUAUAAAACGGGGGUAUUAUUACGUGCCAGUCCGACUCGGCACCCCCCCCCAAGACUUUGCAUUGAUUGUUGACACUGGGAGCACCGUCACGUAUGUCCCAUGCUCUACGUGCACACAUUGCGGACAGCAUGCGGAUCCGCGCUUCACACCCUCCUCCUCAAGCACGUACCAGCCCCUAGUAUGCAGCGAUCCGGAAUGCGAGUCUCGACAGUGCGAUGCUGCGCAGCAGUGCAGGUACCAACGUCACUAUGCCGAGAUGAGCAGCACCAGCGGCCUCGUUGCCACUGACGUCAUCGACUUUUUCGCUCACCACACACUCGGCGAGCCCCGCAUCAUGUUCGGGUGCGAGUUGAUCGAAACGGGGGACUUGUAUACGCAACAGGCUGACGGGAUCACGGGGCUUGGGCGGGGUCACUUCUCGAUCGUGACCCAAAUGGCUAACCAGGGCGCGAUGGAGGACGUGUUUUCGCUCUGCUACGGGGGGAUGGAAAAGGGCAACGGAAUGAUGGUAUUGGGUGCUGACCAACCCCCCCCAGAUAUGAAGUUCACGCCCUUCGACCCGGCCCGAGAGCGCAGCCCGUACUACAGCCUGGUCAUUGCGGGCAUGAGCGUCGGGGGGAGAGCCCUCUCGCUCGCGAGCACCGCGUUCCAGAACGGUUACGGGGCGGUCCUUGAUAGCGGGACCACGUUUACGUACCUCCCGCCGCCCGUGUGGGCAGUGUUUCAAUCGCAGUUCCUGGCCGGAAUCAAGCUCCCCCGCAUUGCCGGCCCCGAUCCCAAGUACCCGGACAUCUGCUUCUCAGGCGCAGGGGACGAUCUCACGCAGCUCGCCGCGCACUUCCCGACGGUCUCCUUCGAAAUGGGGGGAUGGCAGGGGGCCCCCUGGAGCCUGGAGCUAGCCCCCGAAAACUUUUUGUUCAAGCACGCCGAGCCGGGCGCCUACUGCCUCGGGUUGUUUGAGAACCAGGACCAGGGGUCGCUGAUUGGAGGCAUCACCGUUCGCAACAUGCUGGUUCGCUACGACCGCGUUAACAACCGCUUCGGCUUCGUCCGCCGGGACUGCGCCGAUCUCCUCGACGCCCCCAAACAAACCGCCUCCCCAGAAUCGACCCAGGCUCCGGUUCCGGUUCCGUCAAGCGGACAGACGGAAACGGAACCAGAGACGGCCGGAACGCAUGCCCCUGCAACCCUUCCGCCGUCCCCCCCAGAAAAGACCCAAAGCGCUUCGCCCACGCAAGGGGCGGGAAUGGGCUCUCCACCACCACCUGUGGAAGCGUGUGCCACGUGUCGAGUUGGGGAGAUCCGCGUGAGCAUGGAGCUUAUGAUCGACAUGGAAACGUGGAACCGCCUGACGCCCAUCUUUGUGGAUGAUCUUUCACAACAGCUGCAAGUUGCAUCGACCCAGUUGGAAGUAGUGGGCGCCCGGCGGCUUCCCACCCCCCCGGGGGGGGUGUCAGUAGAUUUAGUAAUUCACCCCGGGCCCGGGUUGGCCGCGUUUGAAUCCGGGGGGGAGCAGCGGAUUGUGGGCGGGCUAGAAAGGAACGAGGUGGUCCUUCCCGAGGUCUUCGGGGAGUACAGCGUAACCAGCAUACACCGGCUGCCGGCAGGGGCCGCCGCGGCGCCAAUGGCCGCCACACAAACUGCGGCGAGGGCUGUUGGCAAAGUUGUCGGAACCCUAGCGGGGGUAGCGGUUCUGCUGGCGGGUCUAGGUUACUUGGGUUACAGGAGUUGGACAAAGAGGAACGCUUCGAAGUAUGUAACCAUGGAGCAAAUAGAAGAAAACGAAGCGGAGAGGGAAGUGUUGAGACCGCCCGAGGGUGAGGAUAUUGAGUUAGCCGAGUCACAGAGGACAUAGUACAUGCCAUUUAAUCAUUUUCAAAGAAAUGCAACAUGCUCUCCCGCUUUAGCAGCCACGCCGGUUUGAGUAACUUGUCAUUUUUGAACAGCGUGCACGGGUUGAGCGCGAAACCCGAGGGGUUAGCAAAUGAAUGAUCC